UCAGAUCGAGCACACAGGGCCUCAGCAGGUGACUACAAGCUCAUAAACUAAAAGCCUGCAGAUGGAGCCUGGAGCACAGAAUCUGUUCAAUCCGUUUUGUAAUUUUGUAAUCCAGAGCUGGAAUCGGUACUUUGGAGACUCCAAAGAAUGAAUGGAUAUGAAAGUAUGAGGGACCCACUACUCGGUAAUGAACCAGCCCGACGCUCUGGUUUGCACCAUUACUGCUGUCCCCUCUCUCUCUAUAUAGGGGGGUGUCACUGUAGUGAGGGAUGUGCAGCGAUUUCUGGAGCAGGGGGAGACUGGGCAGGGCAUCCAGGAUACAGGCCACAUGGCAUGUAGAGGAGAGCUGGCUGUGUGAGUUCCUGUCUUCACAUCUCUUUGUGUGCGAUCUUUGUCUGCAUGUGUACCUGUGCUCACUCUGCUGCGAAUGCCUGCCUGUGUGUACUUGCUGGGACUUGCACGCGCUUAUGUGUGAGUGCCUGUAUGCCGGCGCGCGUGCACGCGCGUGCUCAUCAGAGUGGCUGGUAUUCUUGGGACUUUCCUCUCUGGCUUCCUCCUUUGGCCCGCUUCCUGGAAAGUGCCGCAUUAUAACGAGCAGCGCUCAGCGAAAGCUCCGCCCCUGCGCCUCUGGGGGGGCUCCUCCACCUUAACGCCGUGCCGCUCCGUCUCCGUCCCGCAGAUGGCUUUGGGAUCCGUGACGAGCAGUUAGCGACAGGCCGGGGGUCGGGACGUGUGACCGGAAGCUCCGGGAGGAGUGGCUGACGUAACCGCUGCGGCCGCACUCGGACGCAUCUAACACACCCAGCUGUGAGGAAGCUUUUAAUCUGCCGGCAGCCGGGAGCUUGACUGCUGAGAGAGGAACCUGCAGCGGUCCGUGUGUGUGCGGACAGGCUUUCCGAGCAGCAGCUGCAGGACCUGGCGCUUAUACCCGCACUGAGAAGACGUGAUGCGCUAACUCAACCUUUUCCUCUCCCAACAUGGACGGACUGUCAUUUAACUUAAAUGUGAUGGACAAUGAGAUCCUGAUGACCAACAUGCCUGACUUGACGUACCAGCCCAUGUCUCCAGCCAGUAUGACGGUCGAGCCCUUUCUGCAGACAGCCCAUGGACCGUACCUGCAGAUCAUCGAGGAGCCCAAGCAGAGGGGAUUCCGAUUUCGGUACGAGUGUGAGGGACCAUCCCAUGGGGGUCUGCCAGGGGCUUCCAGUGAGAAGAACAAGAAGACAUAUCCCACAGUGAGGGUGAGCCUACCUCAACCUCAUAUAAGUUCAUAUUCAUCAGUCCCCGCCCCCAGUGUGUUUUUAUUCAUUGUCCACACAGAGUCAGAGGAGCAGGCCAUUGCCAAAGAAGCUAAGGAGCUGAGCGUCUCCAUGGAUCUCAACGUGGUGAGGCUGAAGUUCACGGCCUAUCUGCAGGACAGCCAGGGCGAGUACACGCUGGCCCUGAAGCCGGUCAUCUCCAACCCCAUCUACGACAGCAAGUCACCCAACGCUUCCAACCUGAAGAUCUCUCGCAUGGAUAAGACAUGUGGCUCCGUGCUCGGGGGGGAUGAGGUCUUUCUGCUGUGUGACAAGGUGCAGAAAGAUGAUAUUGAGAUUCGCUUUUUCGAGGACGAAGAUGGAAGCUGGGAAGCGCUGGGUGACUUCUCUCCCACUGACGUCCACAAGCAGUACGCCAUUGUGUUUAAGACCCCCCAGUACCACACCACAGAGAUCAAGCGGCCCGUCACCGUCUUCCUGCAGCUGAAACGCAAGAAAGGUGGCGACUGCAGCGAGCCCAAGCAGUUCACCUACGUGCCACACAAUGAAGACAAGGAGGAGGUCAAGCGAAAGAAGCAGAAGCCUCUGCCUGACAUGUACGACCACUGGAGGGGGCCAUUUGGGGACAAUGGCGGGCUGGGGGGGGCAGGAGGACUUGGAGGCAGCGGAGGAGGGGGAGGAGUCAAUGGUGGAGGAGGUGGUUCCUGCUUCCAGUUCGACCCUGCCAUGGGUGGCGGCUUUGGCCAGUUCGGAGGGGUUGGAGCUCAGAUGUCCGAUUCGUCAGAGCCACAGGAUGCGGCCCCAGGAAGCCAACUGCGGGGUCAGGGGACGCCACUGCAACAGCGCCUCCUGCAUGUUGCCGCCACAGUCCAAGGCAGGACUUCCCCGAUGUCCCGCCAGAUGGCAAGAGCCCUUCUGGACUACUGCCGCACCGGAGACGUACACCUCCUACUGGCUGUGCAGAGGCACCUCUGUGCAGCCCAGGAUGAAAAUGGUGACACACCUCUGCACCUGGCCAUCAUCAACCAGCAGACGUCCGUGGUGGAGCAACUGGUCCGCACCAUCGUCAGCAUGAAGCAGCAGAAGAUCCUGGACACACGUAACCACCUGCAGCAGACACCUCUGCACCUGGCGGUGAUCACGGGGCAGUCCAAGGUGACGGGCUUCCUGCUGGGGGCAGGAGCUGACCCCAGCUUCCUGGAUCGGGACGGGCGGACGCCGGUGCAUCUGGCCGCGGCCUUGGGGGACGAGACCAUGCUACGCACAGUGCUGGCCCCCCUGGGGGAGCGGCACUCCCACCUGCUCAACGUGCCCGACCACAGCGGGCUCUUCCCGCUCCACCUGGCUGUGCGGAAGGGGGCGGAGCGAUGCUUACGGGCCCUGGUGGAGGCAGGCGCCUGGAUCAACACGGCGGAGCUGAAGGGUGGCUGCACCGCGCUACACCUCGCGGUGACGGAGAACCUCUUCAGAAUGGCCUUCAUGCUGAUCACUGAGCUAAAGGCGGAUGUGAACGCGAUCACCUUCGCGGGGAAUACGCCACUGCACCUGGCCGCCAGCCUGGGCUCCCCCACGCUGUGCUCCAUGCUCCUCGCUGCAGGUGCCCAGAAGAAUGCGGAGAACGAUGAGCCGCUGUUCGGCCUCUCCUCAGAUGAGGAGCAUGGGGAAGCAGAGGAGAGAGUCAAUGAGGGAGAAGAAGGGAAUGGACGGCAGGCCGGGAUUCCCCGCAAGCGGCCUGCCCCAGGGCACACGCCUUUCCACCUGGCCAAGUGCCAGAAGGUUCGGGAGCUGCUUGACUGUAGGAAGAGUCCCAUGGCCAGUAGACAUGCCGUCAGCCCCCCUAAGACACCGACAGACGAUGUGUCCCAUUUGGACGGAGAGGUCCUUCAGCAGCUGGACGGGAUCCUCAGCCGGGGCCACGUUCCCUGGAGGGAUCUGGCUGAGAAGCUGGGGAUGCUGACGCUAGCCGACCUCUUCCAGGAGACCCCCUCUCCCUGCCAGAGCCUGCUGGAGAGCUACCAGGUGGGCGGGGGUCAGGUGGCAGGACUGGUGGAGGCCCUGCAGUCACUGGGCCUGAACGAAGGAGUGAUGCUACUAAGACAAACAGAGAUGAAGGACAAGACGCACAGUGCAGAUGCCACAGAAGACAGUGGUUUUGGCAGCCAGACGAUGGACGAUAUGGAGCGGCCUGUCCUUGCCAACUCCUGAGCCCUGAGGCCUGGCCCCAUGUCACUGAUCAGGCAUGAGAGGUCCCUAUAGAGGUAUCAUGUGACAUGAGGAGUGACAUUCCUGCCCGAGUUGCUAGUACUCGUGGGCUCAAAAAAUUCAAAGCUCUACGGUUCUGAAAUUACUGAAAAAGUUUGCCCAGCAGAGGCAUCUUCGGGACGCGAGAUUCUCUUCCACAGGAAAUAUUACACCCACUUGAUGUUUCGUAGUAAGUCUUCACCGUCUUACAAAUACUGUGUAUUCUUUGUCUGGGUAGAAGACCACAAAGCAUAUCUUUGCCAGCCAGGGAAAUGUGCAAAAUUGAAAUGAAAUAUAUUUGAAUGUUGUGACCUUUUCCUGAAGCAGCUUGGGACUGAGGUUUGUGUGUUUAUUGUUAAAGUCUUUUUUUAAAUAAAGUCUGGUCCCCAUUCCA